AAAACCGCAGGAGGCGGCCGGUGGUGGCUAGGUGAGCACUGGAGUCUCAAGACACUUGUUGCUCUUUUGACUCACUGCUCCUUCUGACUCUCCGCGGGACUCCUCUGCUCCGUAACACCCCUGACCCUCAGCCCAGACAGAGGCGCACCAGCCCGCCAGCACACCUGCGCUGCUCGCCCGGACGCGACCCGCCCGCUCCUCCGUCGCGGACUCUCUCCCUUGCAGCCUUCGCCCGCAAGUCAGCCCCUGCCAGGUCCUGUGGGCAUCAAGAUGAAGGCGGCCCGCUUCGUGAUGCGCAGCGCCCGCUCGCUGAGCGGCGCCAGCCUGGUCCCCCGCGAGGUCGAGCAUUUCUCGCGCUACAGCCCGUCCCCGCUGUCCAUGAAGCAGCUGCUGGACUUUGGUUCAGAAAACGCAUGUGAAAGAACUUCUUUUGCAUUUUUGAGACAAGAAUUGCCUGUGAGGUUUGCCAAUAUCCUGAAGGAAAUUGAUAUCCUUCCUGAUCCAUUAAUAAAUACCUCUUCAGUACAGUUAAUUAAAAGCUGGUACAUUCAAAGCUUGAUGGAUUUGGUGGAGUUCCAUGAGAGAAACCCAGAAGACCACAAAACAUUAUCAGAUUUUGUAGAUACUCUCAUCAAAAUUCGAAAUAGAAAUCAUAAUGCAGUCCCUACAAUGGCACAAGGAGUCAUAGAAUAUAAAGAUGGCUGCACAGUCGACCCAGUCACCAACCAAAAUCUUCAGUAUUUCUUGGAUCGAUUUUACAUGAACCGUAUUUCUACCCGGAUGCUAAUGAACCAGCACAUUCUUUUAUUUAGUGACUCGGAGACAAGAAACCCAAGCCACAUUGGAAGCAUUGACCCCAACUGUGACGUAGUAGCAGUGAUCCAAGAUGCCUUUGAGAGUUCAAGGAUGCUUUGCGAUCAGUAUUAUUUAACAUCUCCAGAAUUAAAGCUCACACAAGUGAAUGCCAAAUCUCCAGCACAACCGAUUCACAUUGUGUAUGUUCCUUCUCACCUGCACCAUAUGCUCUUUGAACUAUUUAAGAACGCAAUGAGGGCAACAGUUGAACACCAGGAAAACUGUCCUUCCCUCACACCAGUGGAGGUGACUGUGGUCCUGGGGAAGGAAGAUCUUACAAUUAAGAUUUCAGACAGAGGAGGUGGCGUGCCCCUGAGGAUCAUCGACCGCCUCUUUAGUUAUACGUACUCCACCGCGCCAACGCCUGUGAUGGACAAUGCCCGGAAUGCUCCUUUGGCCGGUUUUGGUUACGGCUUGCCGAUUUCCCGUCUCUAUGCCAAGUACUUUCAAGGUGAUCUGCAUCUCUACUCUUUAUCAGGAUAUGGAACUGAUGCUAUCAUCUACUUAAAGGCUUUGUCUUCUGAGUCCAUAGAAAAACUCCCGGUCUUCAACAAAUCAGCCUUCAAGCAUUAUCAGAUGAUCACUGAGGCUGACGACUGGUGUGUCCCGAGCAGGGAACCGAAGAACCUGGCGAAGGAGAAAGUGGCUGUGUGAAGACAGACACGCGGGACAUUCGAAGGGAUCAAAGUGGGUCUGUGCCAGUGCUGCUGCUUUCCGAAUGUUUGCAUGUGGGUGCUUCUUCCCUCAAACACAAACACUGGCAACACAAACUCCUUUGCCAGAACGCUGAGGGAAAGAGGAACAGAGCCCGUUUCUGUGGCCCCGCAGAGCACAGAGCGGGACGACAGGAGCUCACAGAUGGCCAGCUCUUCAUUCUUUCAACAUAGAACAAUGCUUGAGUUUAUCUCAAACCCAGGAGGAGAUGUAAGCCUCGGUUUUUCAUCUCUUUAUCAGCAGGAGUGGGAAAGGGAGCGGAGUGAAGACAUAAGCUAUCAAUCUCUAUGGACUUACAUGUCUUAGACAUCUGGUUGACAUUAUAUUAGUGUUCAUUGAACAUCGCGUCAAUUAUACCAGUAUUUUCCUGCCUUUCAAAGGAGUAGGGCAUAUUUCAUACUCUAUGGCCAGAAAUGUAUAUAAAUGCACAUUUCGUAUAUAUCUAUGUGCUCUAGGGAGGAAAAACUGGUGACUAAAAUAACAUUCACUUUGAAUGACCAAGGAGUCAAAACAUUUUAUUCAAAGUUUUGGCCAAGGCAUUGAGCCUGUGUAAAAACUUAGAGGAAAACCUUUUCUGAGAAAUACAAGGCCUUUAUUAUGCUGCUUUCCCUGCCCACACAUCACGGUAGUAAAUGAACACUUAUUACUGCAAGGUGCCUAGUCUUGGGUGAAUUUUAAAAUAUGCACUGAGCUCAGAAUGUUGACGGUUGGAGGGAGAAAAUAAUUGCCAAAGUGAUAACAAAAAUAUCUCUCAUCCUGUUUUUUUUUUAAUGAAUGAAACAGUGGCCUAGAAAAACUGGUGUUAGGGAAAGAAGUCAUUCAUUCAGAACCUAACUCGGAAGGAAGGGCCGUUCUCCGCCCUCGGGUGGUGGUAAUCCAAAGACAUCUGUUCUCUAGGUUUAAAAAAAAAUGUGUUUUUGAUAUAUUCAAUUGCACUCUCUACACUCCAGCAUUAACGUGUCUGUA